CCUUCGGAUUGAAUCGCCCGCUUUUGUUGCCCGGAGGACGUCAGCUUGUACUUCCGGGUGAGGGGUCGGAGUGCGUGUCUGUGGAGCUCAGCAUGGCCGCCCUGUCCUUCACGCUGUCGGCCAGAGCGGGUGUCUUCGCACCGUGUUACAGCCCACUGGCGGUCUUUGCAAGGUUUGCUUCUAAGAAGUCAGGGGGAAGCAGCAAGAAUUAUGGAUCGGGCAGCCCCGGCCGGAGAUACGGAUACAAGAAGAUGGAUGGAAGUUUUGUCCACGCCGGCAACAUCCUCGCCACCCAGCGAGGCAUUCGCUGGCAUCCAGGAGCGCAUGUUGGAAUUGGGACCAACAAAACAUUGUUUGCCCUUGAAGAUGGCACUGUGAGAUUCACCAAGGAGGUGUAUAUUCCCAGCCCCCGGAGCGUGGAAGCGGUCAAACUCAUUCGAAAGCUCCCCAAGGGUGCGGUCCUCUACAAGACCUUCAUCAACGUGGUGCCAGUCAAGCAAGAGGGCAAAUUCAGACUUGUGGGAAUGCUCUGAGAACGGACUCUAAAUUCCUAUAUGUCAGCUGGAGAACUUUAUGUAUUUAUUGUUUUUGUUUUUUUAAAAGGGGGGGACACUUGUCGGAUGGUGUUAUUGGUUGACUAAUGCUAAAUGCAGGUACUCCAAUAAAUAAUUUUUCAUGCUUUAAACUUGUUUUACGUAGCUUUCGGUCUUAUAGCACUUUAAAAUUCUUGGGGGGAAAAAUUGACGAAUUUCAUAAAAUCAUAAUGCGUAUUGUGGAAUACUUUUGCCAUGAAGGGGUGUACUUGGUCUGCAGCAGUGUUUGGGUUGGUGGCAUGUGUCAGUGUAACAUCCACAUGAAUAUGCCAGUACCCAAGGCUUCCCAGCAGAACAUCGCCCAGAGCAUCACAGUGCCUCUGCUGGUAUGCCUUCUUCCCAUAGUGCAUCCUGGUACCAUCUCUUCCUCAGGUAAAUAAUACACAUGCACCCAGCCGUCCACAUGAUGUAACAGAAAAUGUGACUCAUCAGACCAGACCACCACCUUCCACUGAUCCGGUUCUGAUGCUGAGGUGCCCAUUGUAGACAUUUUCGGUGGUGGACAGGGGUCAGCAAGGACUCUGAUCUAUCUGUGGCUACACAGCCCCAUAUGCAGAUAGCUGCUAUUCACUGUGUGUUCUGACACCUUUCUAUCAAAUCCAGCAUUAACUUUUUCAGCAAUUUAUGCUACAGUAGCUCUCCUGUGGGAUCCAUAAGAGAAAAUGAUUGUGCCUGGAUCACGGUAUGCGGAGGGGCACUGAAGGCAACAUGACGAAAAGCAAAUGUAAGUGAGAUUAAAAACAAUGCUGUGUUUUUAUAUGAAAAUUGUUAAAUAUUUUUAGAUGUUUAGAAUCUAAGACCUGUGCAAUGUGAGCAUAUACAAGAAUUUCAGUUCUUUUAGAUUUGAAAACAAGUUAGAUUCAUUUACUGAAAAGAAUCUGUUCAAAAUAAUGAUUCGUUCACAAAUUUGACAUCACUAUUGUUCACUUCGAUAGCUGUUUUUGCAUGCAAGUAGUGUUUCUCACUAUAACCCGUUGUAGGUUGCGUAGUGCUUUUCUGUCCAACUGAAAAUUGUGCAAAUAUGAAUGUGAUUCCGCAUUGUAUUGGACUUGAGUACUAAUAAAUCAAUCGUGUUAGAACAGA